AUGAUUUACCAUAAGCCGGAUCUAAAAGAUGUUAUAUAUAAACUAGGAAUAGGACUUAAGACGGUCUACAAUGAUUUAGAAGUCGAGGAGCUAAUGAUAAAGAGGUCGAAAUUCUUUUCUUCAGCUCUCAUAGUAAAUUGUAUGUCGUCGCUUAUCUUGAUGACGUUCCAAGCUUUUAUGAGUACUAUUCGUACAGGUGAACCGUUUACCACCGUUAUCACAGUGAUACCCGACAUUAAAGACGACUCCACAUUUAGUAACGUACUUCGAGGCAUAUACAACAUAUUCUGGUUGAUAUAUGUCACUCGUCUCUUCUCUGUGUUUACUUUAGUUAUCUGUCUUACCACAGCCAUGAGCCAUCAGUUCAUAAACCUAAACAGUUACUUCUGCAGCCUCAACAAUAUUUUUACAGAAGAUAACUUUGGGACACAUAAAGAAAGAGAAGAAAAAUAUGAGAAGAGUCUCAAGAUUGGCAUUGAGCUGCAUUCUGAAUCACUGAAGUGUACAAACCAGAUCCAAAACAUAUGCAGAGAAGUGUUCAGUGGUCAGAUAAUAUUCAAUAUUAUCCUACUUGUUGUCCUUAUGUAUCAGAUGGUGAGCUCCGAUCGUACCCUAACUAAUACAAUCACUUUACUCGUGAUAGCAGCAAACGUUUUGCUCAGUACUGGAUUUUUUGUUUACAACGCUGGAGACAUCACACUCGAGGCAGAAAAAUUAAUAACAUCUGUAUAUUUUUCGGGAUGGGAGAAUUGUUACGGCGAUUGUUCGAAGCGAGUCAGAAAACUUAUCGUCAUAGCAAUGAUGCAAGCGCAGCAGCCAGUGGUUUUUUCUGGUCUCGGAGUUAUACCACUCUCUUAUCAGUCUUAUGUGUCUAUUGUCAAAUCGUCUUAUUCAGUGUUUUCUGUACUAUAUUGA